CACGGGACUAGCCGGGUGGGGGGGCAAGGAGGCGUCGGGAGGCCUGACGGGCAAGCCAAGCUAUCACAAUGAAUGCUAUUGUUGCCCUCUGUCAUUUCUGUGAACUCCACGGCCCUCGCACCCUCUUUUGCACAGAAGUUUUGCAUUCGCCCCUUCCUCAAGGUGCAGGGAAUGGAGACAGUCCUGGGCAGAACGAGCAGGCCGAGGAGGAGGAAGGUGGCAUUCAGAUGAGCAGUAGGAUCCGGUCGCACAGCCCAGCGGAGGGUGCUAGUGCUGAUUCCAGCAGUCCUGGGCCAAAGAAGUCAGACAUGUGCGAGGGUUGCCGUUCCCUUGCAGCGGGACACCCUGGAUAUGUCAGCCAUGACAAAGAGACCUCAAUCAAAUACGUCAGCCACCAGCACCCAAACCAUCCACAGCUCUUCAGCAUUGUGCGCCAGGCCUGUGUUCGCAGCCUGAGUUGUGAGGUCUGCCCAGGACGUGAAGGUCCAAUCUUCUUUGGCGAUGAACAGCAUGGCUUUGUGUUCAGCCACACGUUCUUCAUCAAAGACAGCCUGGCUCGUGGCUUCCAGCGCUGGUACAGCAUCAUUACAAUUAUGAUGGAUCGGAUCUAUCUCAUCAACUCCUGGCCUUUUCUGCUGGGAAAAAUCCGAGGCAUCAUUGAUGAGCUUCAGGGCAAAGCACUCAAGGUGUUUGAAGCUGAGCAGUAUGGGUUCCCGCAGCGUGCCCAGCGGAUGAAUACAGCUUUUACUCCCUUCCUGCACCAGCGCAAUGGCAAUGCAGCCCGUUCCCUAACAUCACUGACCAAUGAUGAGAACCUGUGGGCCUGCCUGCAUACCUCCUUUGCUUGGCUCUUGAAAGCUUGUGGCAGCCGCCUCACAGAGAAGCUUCUGGAGGGAGCACCAACAGAGGACACCCUAGUUCAGAUGGAAAAACUUGCAGAUCUGAAAGAAGAGUCAGAAGGCUGGGAUGGCUCAGAGGGAGAAGAGGAGAAGUCCUCUACUCAGCCAGAUGGGGUAGAAGGGUGGGAGUUAUCCAAGUGCUCCACUGACAUGUCUUUGAUGUCAGAUUGCAGCAACUGGAACACUCCUAGAAGGCUGUCAGUCUUCCGAUCCCUCAGGCACAUGAGACAGGUCCUUGGGGCAUCUGCAUUCCGCAUGCUGGCUUGGCAUGUUCUUAUGGGGAACCAGGUCAUCUGGAAAGCACGAGAUGCCAAUCUUGUCCAGUCUGCCUUUGACGUGCUGCGGACCAUGUUGCCCGUGGGCUGCAUUCGGAUUAUCCCAUACAGUGACCAGUAUGAGGAGGCAUAUCGGUGUAACUUCCUGGGGCUUAGCCCACAUGUGCAAAUCCCACCACACAUACUCUCAUCUGAAUUUGCUGUCCUUGUGGAAGUUCGCACUGCCACCCGGUCCAGCCUCUACCCUGUUCUGUUUGAUGAUGAGCAGUCCCUCAGCAAGUAUGAGUUUAUGGUCACUAGUGGGAGUCCUGUUGCAGCAGACCGAGUUGGCCCCACCAUCUUGAACAAGAUUGAAGCAGCUCUGACCAACCAGAACCUCUCUGUCGAUGUUGUAGACCAGUGCCUCGUCUGCCUGAAAGAGGAGUGGAUGAAUAAAGUGAAGGUCCUCUUCAAGUUCACCAAAGUAGACAGCCGGCCCAAGGAGGACACCCAAAAACUGCUGAGCAUUCUGGGAGCUGCUGAGGAGGACAACGUCAAACUUCUGAAAUUCUGGAUGACUGGCCUGAGCAAGACAUACAAGUCACACUUGAUGUCAACAGUCCGCAGCCCAACUUCUUCAGAAUCUCGGAACUAAACUAGGAACACCCAGACUCAAUGGCUGCCUUCAAAUCCUUGGAGGUAGUCCAUGGAGCUGAGUCUCCACCAUGUGCAGCCGGUGGAUAGUAAAAUGUUACCAAAUUUCUUAUUGCCCUCAGACUAACACAGACAGUUUAUCCUCUGCAUGUCUGCAAGACUGGACUUGAGUGCAUGCAACUGGGACUGCUUGCGAGUAAUGUAAUCAAGAUGUUUUACUAGGAAUAUUUAUAAGAGAUACUGGUUUUGUAGGACUUCGUGUAAGCCCCAUUUCUCACUUCAUCACAAACCACAGCAUUUCAUGAUGCAAAGUCACGUUCCAGAUUAGGAGCGAGCAGCUCCAGAAUAGUCUGUUAUGAAUAAGCAGCUUUAACUCUGCAUGGGAGUUAAACAUUAGAUUCCAUUCUCAAACUCCACUGUCAGCCUAGAUUUAUCAGGAGACCUAAGUCCAGGAGUUAGCAAAGAACAGAAUAAGCUGGUCAGUCCCCCAGUACUAACGUCAGAUUCCAUGGGAUGACAGGACUCCUGAAACUCUGGAUUUUAUUAGAAGUAGCCCUGGGUGUUGCCAUAAAAAAGCAGCUUGAUGGUUGGAACUCCACAUACAGAGUAUCUUUAUAUGACCUCUCUCAAACCAGCAUAACAUGUAUAGAUUAAAGUGUGAGGAAGCAAAAAACAAGCCUGGACAGGCAUUUGACUUUGAACGCUACAUCUUAGGCAGAGGUAGUAAUUGCAGCUGUAUUACUUUCUGAAGGGAUUUGGCAUACUUGAUAUGACACGCGCUACAGUAGACAAUGUUUAGAGCGUCCUGUUUGAUCGCAGUUGUUCCAACUUACUUUAUAUCCUAACUUCAGAAUGAUGCUUCAGAUUUGCUUCCAGAGAUCUUCACUUGGAAUCAGAACCGCACAGGAUAAAAAACAGUAACAGUUCUGCAACCAGCAAAAAGAAGAGUAUCACUCACACAUUUUGAGAUACUAACCUUGGAUCUUAGUAAGGUCCUUGUUAUAAGGCAGCAUUUCCCAACUGGUGUGCUAUGGCGCACUGGUGUGCUGUCAUGUGCUGCAGAAUCUUGGGGGGCGUGGUUUCCAGCAGGGCGUGGCUACAGCCAGUGCUGCCAACCCUGUCACUGUGCCCUGGCUGAUUACCCUCCCUGCCCCCCGUCUGACCGGUGUGCUGUGGGACCGAAAAAGCCAGGUAAGUGCCAUGGGACAGAAAAGGUUGGGAAACACUGUUAUAAGGAAUGACCAUUUCUAAAUGGGGAAAUUGUUUUAUUUUGUAUUGCUAUGACUAGAAAUUUUUAAGAUGGCAUGGGAAGACUUGACUGCACUGACCUGCUAUGUUUGUAUUUUUAACAAGAUGAGCACAAAGGGAAUGGUAAAACUUAAAUGAAAAGAAGCUGCAGAUAAGAUGCACAGGGAGCUUUUUGCUCCUAACUCCUGUAAAAAAGACAAAGCAUUAAACCUUGAUAAGAGCUAUU